AUGGCGCCCAAGAGAAAGGCACGCGUGUCACAAACGUCGAGUCCCGCACCGACACCCUCUCGCUCAAACACGACCGUUGCAGUCGAGAUCGAACAGCGCCGACGACCAAAGGCAUCAGACGAAACUCCGACUACGAAACCCUCUGAGCAAGCGGCAGAGCAAGACGAAGAAGAGGAGGAGGACGAGGAUGACGAGGAAGCUGCCAAUGCUGCCUUAGUGGCCGAUCCAUGGACCGACGACGAGGAGAUUGGCCUGUUCAAAGGUCUCAUACGCUGGAAGCCAACGGGCAUGCACAAGCACUUUCACCUGCUUUCUCUGCAUCAACAUUUGCUGUCGAAUGGCUACAUACAUCCCAAAGCACCGCAUACACGAAUCCCUGGCAUUUGGGCCAAGCUAAACGACCUCUACGAUCUAGAAGCGCUAGACGAGCGCGAAGACGCAAACGCUGCGCCUUGGUCCACGUCCGAAGACGAAGAUGAAGAAGAGGACGAAAAGGACGAAUUAGGCGAUGAUGAGGACGAGCCAGAACACACGCACGACACGGAAUUCGAACUCCCAGACGACGACUUUGGCAGCCUAGUCUGGCGCGCGCGUUUUCCAGGUUCAGAAGACGAGCAAAGUCGAGAAAGUUCACCGCCGUCACAUGAAGAAUUGGUUUCGAGGCCAGACAGCCCACCUGUACGCUUCACACCUUCAUUCGAGAUUCCUCUGUCAGAAGCACAGCAGACGCCAUCCACACGGACGUCUAAGAAAGCAGCGGCAUCUGCGAAGACGAAGGGAAAACAAGCACCACCAAAUCCUAGAAGGUCGAGUCGUGUGGCCGAUAGCGUCGACCCAGACGACGACAACGACGAAGAUGAGGAGGAAGAAGAGAGUGAGGAGGAAGACCAAAGCGAGCAGGAAAGUAUGGCCAGUGGCACUCCUGCGCCCAAAGCUUCAAAAUCAAAGGGUAAAAGGAAAGCUCCUGCUGCAAAGCCUAGGGCUAGUAAGCGGAGGAGGUAG